AGCAUGGGCCUGGAGCUCUACCUGGACCUGCUGUCUGCGUCUUGCCGCGCCGUCUACAUCUUCGCCAGGAAGAACAGCAUCCCCUUCGACUUCCAGUUUGUGGAUCUGCUAAAAGGUCACCACCACAGCAAGGAGUACAUCGAGAUCAACCCCCUGAGGAAGCUGCCCAGCCUCAAAGAUGGAAAAUUUAUCUUAUCUGAAAGCGUGGCCAUCCUUUUCUACCUGUGCCGCAAGUACAGCACACCCUCGCACUGGUACCCACCAGACCUGCACGCGCGUGCCCGUGUGGAUGAGUUUAUGGCCUGGCAGCACACGGCCAUUCAGCUGCCCAUGAACAAGAUACUCUGGAUUAAGUUGCUGAUCCCGAUGAUCACAGGUGAGGAGGUUCCAGCUGAGAAGACGGAGCAGAUGCUGGCAGAGGUGAAGAACAACCUGAAGCUUUUUGAGGAAAAGUUUUUGCAGGACAAGCUGUUCAUUGCUGGGGACAACAUCUCCCUGGCCGACUUGGUCGCCCUGGUGGAAAUGAUGCAGCCCAUGGGGGGCAACCAUAACGUCUUUCUCAACAGUUCCAAGCUGGCUGAGUGGCGCAUGAGGGUGGAGCUGGCCAUUGGCUCUGGCCUCUUCUGGGAGGCCCAUGACCGGCUGGUAAAGCUGACGGAGUGGGACUGUUCAACCCUGGAUCCAAUGGUCAAGGAGAGGAUCUGUGAUUUGCUGCAGAAGUUCAAGUAGAAGUAGCCUACCCUGCAGGGCCUGGCCAGCUCAGCCCUCAGAGCCUCCUUCCUUCUGGGAGAUGCUGCAAACCACUGUUUCUUUGCCCAAUAAAGACCUGGGAAAACCACUGAGCCUGGA